AUGAAAAAUCUCCUACUAACCGUCUUUCUCUCCGGGUCCUGGGGAGCUAGGACUACGGUCUUAUGGAGCUCUAUAAAGGGAAGGUACAAUAGUAACAGUGAAGUCACUGUACCAGCGGGAGAAGAAUGGAUUCUUGAUGAAAAUAUGGAUGUCGGCACUCUUACUAUUCAGGGAAAAUUUUCAUGGCACAUUGCUCGACGAAAUCUUGAGCUUCGAUCAUUUUACGUCCUCGUUGAUCGCGCUGGAUCCUUUAAUCUCGGUUCGGAAAACGAGCCGAUGGAGCUCGAUGCAACCAUUUUCAUCAAAACUCCUUCAAACUGGGACCCACGCAAAUCAGAAGGCUGGGAUAACUUCCCUUAUCACCCGAAAAUUGGGUCGCGUUUCUUCGCUGGCGUUGGUGGAUCAAGCGUUGAAAUUUACGGCAGAACCUUGGAGAGAACCUGGACUUUGCUUUCCAAGGACCAAGGAAAGUGGGAUAAUCACUUGUCGCUCAAGCACAGUGCCGAAUCCAUGGGAUGGAGAGUUGGUGAUAAAAUAGCGAUUGCGACGACCAAUCGUGGCUCUUCAACCGAGCACAGGAUAAUCGGAAUCGACGAGAAUGGUAUCACGAUCGACCCGCAAACAGAACAUAAUCACAUGGGAGGAAUCAAAGAUGUAUUCGGUGUACCGGUCGAAAAAGCAGCCGAAGUCAUCAAUCUCAGCCGAAAUGUCAAAAUCACUGGCGAUACGGACAAAUUCCAUUCCAUCAAGCAGGGUUGGCACACUGGAGCAUUCUGGGAGGACGAUGAUCUUCCAACCACUCACGUCAUAAAAUUUGCUGAGCUGGAUCAUUGCGGUCAGAAUGACGUUCUUGGGCGAUACUGUUUCCACUUUCACCUUGUUGGCAAAUGUCCUGGUUGCGUUUACGAGGGAAACUCUGUCUACAACUCUGUCCAGGCCGCUUUUACUAUCCACGGGUCGCAUGAAACUAGACUUCAUCGAAAUGUGCUCUGGAAUCCGAAAUCAGUCGGGAUCUACACAGAAGAUGGAAACGAAAUGAACAACACAAUUAGCGAAAACGUCAUCAUCUGCGAAAAUAUUCUCAAAUGCGGUUGGGCUCAGGGAAACAAAUGGCAGGAGCAAAAUGGGCUCAAAGAAGGAGGAAUCUAUUUCCAAGGCAUGACGAAUGAUUUGAUUGGAAAUCGAGUGGCCGGAAUGGAACAUGGCUUUUGGUCGCCCGGCUCUGGAAACGGAAGAGGAUUUGCGACGGGGAAAACAUGCAAUACUCAUCAACCAUUUGGGCGAUUCGAGGAUAACGUCUGGCAUGAUAAUCAGCGAUUCGGAAUCUAUUUGGACAAUCAAUAUUCUAGAGACCUCCAACGAGACGAUCAAGCUCAUGUUUUGAAGACAAAUUAUGGAUUGGAAAGCUGCAACGCAUUCGUCAGACCCGACGGGAAAGACAACGGCUUCGUGAGCGUCAUCAAAAACGACUUUAACUACCACAACAUGUUUGUCGGAGGAUAUUCCGUCGGUGACAUCGAGUUCGACGGCCUCAAGUCUGUGAACAAUAUCAACAAUGGCUACUGGAAGCGAUCAAAGAAUUUUGUCGAAAAAGGCCGUUAUCAUGUCAAGAACUCAUUUUUCCUCGCCGAUCCAAAUGAUAAUAUUGGUAGCGCAACGACCCUCUUCCCCGGAGGCUCAUUUACGUUCAAAAUGAAGGAUACAAAAUACGCCGGCUGGGGAAGCCUCCAAGUCCCGCAGCACUGUGGAAUUUACUUUCACAACCCUCAUAAUAAUUUUGGUAGCACUUGUGCAGUCCAAUACUUGUUCGAAAACGUCGAUUUUUCGGAGCUCAGCGGUAAUUAUUUCCACUUUGGCCCUAGCGAUGGCAAUCCAAUGUCCCCCACUUUCAUCGCCAGCGACAACAGUAUUGAUGGACACAAACAAGUCAUCAGCGGCAGAUUGAAUGGAUUCCUCAAAGUUCCCAAUUGCUCCGGACCGGUGAAGAAAUAUGGCGACGGAAUUGUCUGCGAGGGGCAGAAUAUCCGAAGAAUGGUAAUUUUCAGCCCGAACAUGGGUGAUACAAUAAAAAUAACUGGGCCUGGGUAUGAUGUCUCACCGAAUUGGGAUCAUCCAGUUGGAGGGACAAAUGCGGGGCACAUUUGGUAUGAUAAGACUCACGGAGGCUCAGGCUGGGUUGAUCAUAAAUACACAAAUGGAUAUGGAAUGCAUGUUGUGCUCGGUGAAACGUACAGAAUCUCUUCGUUGAAAUGGAAAGACGAUAUCUUCUUCCAGCUUUCCGAUCCAGACCUCGCAGAUGCGCUCGGAAACGAUGAUGAGUAUGUAAAUCUUGAGCUGGAACUGGAGGGAUUUGUAGAAUCAUGCCGCCUUUCCGUUCGCGAAUCGCGAGAUUGGCAUGAUGCUGAUGGGGUGGCAGCGGAUGCUGAGAUUUCUGAAUGCUCCCAAGCUUUCCGAACACUCGGCGAGCUCGUCACGGGAACCCAAAAAACGACAACAACGACGAAAGCUCCGACAACACCGCCCCCGACUGGCGAUUGCUCGCAUUGCUGGGGCGCGGAGUGGGACGUUCGUUGCGAACAUGGUGGAGUUGGAUGCAACGCUUGUGGAGUUCGAUAUUGCAGAUUUUGCGGCGGAUCACCUCCAUAUGACAUUGCUUGCCCGACUCAACCUCCUACUACAACUCAAUCUACGACAACUCAGUCUUCCACAACUGACUCAUCGACAACUCAAACAGGUUCGGGGAGCUCUUCAACAGUGAUUUCCGAAUCGACAACGACAAUGACGACAACAACGACAAAAACAACAACCACCACAAAAGCGCAAGAAUACGAUUGCAAUAAAGUUUGCGGAGGGAACACCUUUUACGAUGAACGAUGCUGGACCUCAAGCGAUCCACAUGGUGGUCUAGGAUGCAAUGCCUGUAACAAGCCGAAGUGCAGAAUUUGCGGUGGAUAUCCUUACAUUGAUUGCCCCUGA